AUGGACUUGGACAGGCGGCAGGCGGGUCUGCGGGGUCCGAGAGGGGUGUGUGGCGGGUUCGAGACUCUUCCGUCUUUCCCCUGUGUCGGCGGCAGUCCCCUUCGUCCGACCCCGCGGCCAGGGAUGCCGGAAGCGGAGCGAAGAGAGGUGGACGCGAUGCUGAGGGGCCUGGGCCCCAAGUACCAGAGGCAGCUGAGCGUGAGCACGUCGAACGCGUUGGAGAGCUUCGCCAUCCUGGAGAAGGAAGAGCACCACGCCCGCGGGGGAGUGUCUCAGAAUCUUGUGCAACUACUUCGUUGA